AUGUUGAAGCAAGAACCACGACUCCAUCCACAAGGAAAGUCGGUGACCCUCUCAGAUGAGAACUUCCAAGGAUUUGUCCGAUUUCCCACAGAUGAGAUGGAUCCGAUCAAAGCGUGGGGUCUGCGGCAUCUUUUCCCUGUUCGGCGGAAUGAUGCAAAGCCAGAGGAGAAUUUCGUGUUGUCUCUCGGGUUCGAGUCCAUCAGAACCGGCACGGGCACUUGGGUUCAGUUCUCAUUCACUGCCGCACGUCUUCCGUAUGUUUACUCGAUCGCCAUGGCCGGCAGAAUCUGUCUUCAGUGGGUAGGAGGCACCGUGCAGACCAUCUCCGAGACUGAUCACGUAGGGUGUCCACCGGUAUGGCGGAUGAUCUCCUUGAAGUGUACUUCAGAUGCUUUCAUUGCCCCUCCUCUGGAAUCUCUGGAGAAACAACCGUCGGCACCAGCGGUCCGACAGCAGACCGCCCGUUCUCGGAUCUCCAUGCAGACUUGGGGGGGCAGGCUGGCCAAGAGACAUGCAUUUGCCCAAUGCCACGGUCAGUGCGCCCACGAUGCACGAGCGGAGGCGGGCUCCGCGCCAUCGUCCACGACAAACGUUAAAUCACCAACUGCCCCUUUCCCUUCUCGACCCGAUAGCGAUCGGGAUGUGUUAGGCAGAUACAACAUGGAGAGCCUUGGCUGGAGAGACCCGAUUCUUGGGAGAGCGGGACCCGCAUUACACGCUCGUGGUCAAAUAUACGCUGUCGAUCCUUACUAUUCGGUGUCGAGACGAAAUCACUCGAUGGGACAACCUGGUCCAGCAUAG